AUGGAUUGUAUGUAUUUGUUGAUGUGCUUUUCACUCAGUCAACUAUUUUUGGAUCAAAUUUUCGCUGCAGAAGAAUCACAUGAAAAACUCUCUGGAAAGUUAAGUGAAUAUGGUCUUAUCGUGCCAUUCAGCACAGACUCCCGUGGCAGGUACAUUUCUCACGUGGUCUCUUCUGGAAGCGGAAGUAAAGGUGCUGAAGCUGCUGAUGCUGAUGCCGCCUCGGCCUUUGGCAGCAGAAGAAGGGUGGCCCGCGGUGCCCCCGAGAUGCCCCCGGUCACCCCCGCCACGGUGCAGCAGCACUUGUUUUUCAACGUCACUGUGUUUGGGAAAGAACUGCACCUCCGCCUGAGGGCCAACAGGAGGCUGGUGGCCCCGGGGGCUUUUGUGGAAUGGCAGGAGGACUUUGUGGAAAAGGCCAAGGAACGUAUCCAAGGGGACUGUGUUUUCACUGGAGACGUGAGCGACAUGCCGGAGGCCUCUGUGGCUAUCAGCAAUUGUGACGGACUGGCAGGUCUGAUCCGGACUGAUAAUGGGGAGUUUUUCAUCGAGCCCCUCGAGAAGGGCCAACAGGACGUGGAAGUGAAGGGCCGCGUCCACGUUGUCUACCGCAGGUCGGCCAUCAAGCGGGAGACGGGCCAGCGGAGGGAGGACCUCCACAAUGAAGUGGCAGACUUCGGGAUCGCGGACCUUCCUGCGGCUCUGGAUCUCGUCGAACAUAAACUCUCUGAGUCCGAGCGCAAAAGGAGGCACGCGAAGAAAGACGACUACAACAUCGAGGUGCUGCUGGCUGUGGACGACUCGGUGGUGCGCUUCCAUGGCAAGGAGCAUGUGCAGAAUUAUGUUCUCACGCUCAUGAACAUAGUUGAUGAAAUCUACCAUGAUGAAUCUUUGGGAACCAACAUCAAUGUUGUGCUUGUCCGCAUGAUAAUGGUCGGGUACCGACAGUCCAUAAGCCUGAUCGAGCGCGGUAACCCAUCCCGCAGCCUGGAGCAGGUGUGUCGAUGGGCCAACACGCAGCAGCGUCGCGACCCCGACCACGCCGAAUACCACGAUCAUGCCAUCUUCCUCACAAGGCAAGAUUUUGGUCCCGCAGGUAUGCAAGGUUACGCUCCAGUUACAGGGAUGUGCCACCCACUGAGGAGCUGCACUCUGAACCACGAGGACGGCUUCUCCUCCGCCUUUGUGGUUGCUCAUGAAACCGGCCAUGUGCUUGGCAUGGAGCACGACGGCCAGGGGAAUCGUUGUGCGGAUGAGACCAGUAUGGGCAGCAUCAUGGCGCCACUUGUCCAAGCAGCUUUCCACCGCUAUCACUGGUCACGUUGCAGCAAGCAGGAACUCAAUCGAUACAUCCACUCCUAUGACUGCCUGCUGGAUGAUCCCUUUGAACACAAGUGGCCCAAGCUUCCUGAGCUCCCUGGGAUAAACUAUUCGAUGGACGAGCAGUGCCGCUUUGAUUUUGGUGUUGGCUAUAAAAUGUGCACAGCGUUUCGAACAUACGACCCCUGCAAGCAACUGUGGUGCAGUCACCCCGACAACCAGUACUUUUGUAAAACCAAAAAAGGUCCUCCGGUGGAUGGAACAGAGUGUGCACCAGGAAAGUGGUGCUUCAAGGGGCAUUGCAUCUGGAGAUCCAGCCAGCAGCCUCAGGGCCACGAUGGGAGUUGGGGCUCUUGGUCAAAGUUCGGCUCUUGCUCCAGAACAUGUGGAGGUGGAGUUCGCUCCCGCAACAGACAGUGCAACAACCCGUCACCUGCUUACGGAGGUCGAGACUGCCCCGCCUCAGCUUUUGACUACCAGAUGUGCAACACGGAGGAGUGUGCUGGCCCUUACGAAGACUUCCGUGCUCAGCAGUGCAUCCAGAGGAGCAACAAAUACCACAAAAAUAUCAAGCACACCUGGCUACCGUACGAGCACCCAGAUGAGGCCCGAAAAUGUGAGAUGAGCUGCAAGUCAAAGGAAACUGGAGAGGUGGUGUUCAUGAACCAGGUGAUGCACGAUGGGACGCGCUGCAGCUACUCAGAGCCCUUCAGCGUGUGCGCCCGAGGAGAGUGUCUGCAUGUAGGCUGCGACAAGGAGGUGGGCUCUUACAAACAAGAGGACAAAUGUGGAGUGUGUGAGGGGGACAACUCCCACUGCCGCACCGUGAAGCUGACACUCACCAAGACGCCCAAAAAGAAUGGAAUGCUGAAAAUGUUCGACAUCCCAAUAGGAGCCCGCCACAUUGUUAUCGAGGAGAAUGAGACUUCCCCUCAUAUAAUUGCUGUGAAGAAUCAAGUAACUGGAAACUUCAUACUGAAUGCAAAAAGUGAAGACGCUGAAACAAAGACCUUCAUCGAGAAUGGCUUACAGUGGGAGUAUUCUCUCGAUGAUGAGAAGGAGAUCCUGAAAACAACUGGUCCUCUGCAUGAAGGAAUUGCAGUGCUGGUCAUUCCCCAGGAAGAAGACACUAAAAUAAGCCUGACAUAUAAAUAUAUCAUACAUGAGGACCUUUUACCGCUUAUUACCAACAACAAUGUACUUCUGGCUGAACUGGACACGUACGAGUGGGCACUGAAGAGCUGGUCUCAGUGCUCCAAACCCUGCGGGGGAGGCAUUCAGUACACUAAAUAUGGAUGCAGGAGGAAGAGUGACAGCCGAUUGGUUCAUCGAAACUUUUGUGAAACAAGCAAAAAGCCCAAACCCAUCCGCAAACGCUGCAAUGUCCAAGAGUGCAGCCAGCCCACGUGGGUGGUGGAAGAGUGGAGUCCCUGCAGUAAGACCUGCGGGAAGCUCGGCUACCAGACCAGGGCGGUGCAGUGCAUGCAGGCGCUCCACAACGGCACCAACAGGCCCGUCCACAGCAAACACUGCACUGAGGAUCGCCCAGAGACCAGGAGGGUCUGUAACCACACCACAUGCCCCGCCCAGUGGAGGACAGGGGCGUGGUCUCAGUGCUCAGUGACCUGCGGCGAAGGGAUUCAGCAAAGGCAGGUGGUUUGCAAGGCCAGCGACAACACCAUUGGAGAAUGUGAGAGCGAGAAGCCGGAAACAGUCCUCAUUUGCAAACUAAUUUCUUGUCCAGGCCAGCCAGGUUCUCCUCUCAUCGUUGGAAUAAUGGAAAACGCGACAAUAAAAGACGAAGCUGUGCACCAAAGGGCUCCUGAAAACCCUGUCCACAAAAUCUCUUCAAAUGAGCCAUGUCUGGGGGACAAAUCCAUUUUCUGUCAGAUGGAGGUUCUUGCCAGAUAUUGUUCCAUCCCCGGAUAUAAUAAGCUUUGCUGUGAGUCUUGCAACAAGAAAGAAAACUUUGCCACACAUGCUCCUGACCUCCUAAACACCCCAGGGACCUCAGUUGAAACUGAAACCUCCGCCACUUCUCACCCCGCAUCGCCCAAGGCUCCUCCACCCGCUACGACUCAGAGCACGCCGCAAACCACUAAAGCUAUCCGCAGGCGGCUUCGCUCCACCGCCUCGGUGCCGAACACCGCUGUCGCUACUGAAGCCUUGCCAUCCACAGGUGCUGCUCUGCCCCAGGGUCCCACCGGCGACCUCCUCCUCACAGCUGGGAAAGGAGACUCAGACCCGGGGCCUCUUCUACCUCCAGAGCCUAGACGGCCCACAGCAGACUCCAGUGGAGGUGCCUCGAAAGAGCACAGUCCAAACAGCACUUUAGGCCCAGUCGCUGCCAGGUCAAGAAGGGACGAUUUAGGAUCCGAGAGGGACUCGAGUCACAGAACCCUGUCAGCUCAGCAAUGAACAGAGAGCGAUGUUGUGAACCUGCUGCUCAGUGAGACGGUCUCAUACAUCAGCUUUCUCUUUGAAGCAUCAGAUAGACUUGCAGUCUUGCUGCAGAUAUUUUCUUUCUCUUUUUACAAAGAUAUAUAUAUUUUUUUCCAUGCCAGUGAAUUUAGACCAGACCAGCGAUGGUUACCUCAUCAAAACUCCAGUGAUUUGUGCGCAGCGUCGCUCUGCCCUCUGUGCUUCAAAUAUGAAACGGAAGAAAAAAAAAAAGUUGUCAGGUGCUGUAAACUGAAACGACUUCAAGGCGUGUUCAAAAUGUGAUGACUGCAUUGCUACAUUCAUGUUUUUAUCUGUGUACAGCUGCGUAAUCCUGUUUUCUCAAGUGCAUUAGAACUACUACUGAACUUGUAUUGUGAACAUGCGAGGAGAGGUCAAAGGCCAUGGUUUUGGAGGUGCACGUGUCAGCCAUGGAGUGUGCCAGAACAGUUGUAGACCAUGCCGGUGUUAAAUUAUAAUGAAUUCAUAUGCUAGUUUAUUAUUUUAUAAAUUUUAAUCACAAAUUAAAUAAUGCAAAGUAAAUUGGCAGAUUCAUAAUUUUAAUUUCUAAUUCUGUUUCAAGAAUUUUUAAAUACAAUUGCAAAAAUAUUUUUAAAAAGCUUUUAAAUAGCAGUUUCUGUUGUUCCCUUUACUAUUUUGUCACUCAUAUUUAUUGUCCAGCUUCCAUUUGAUUAUAACUCUAUAAUUUACAGCUCUCACAUUUCAAAUGGUGUAAACGUUGUGGCACCUAAAACUUAAAUAACUUCCAA